GUUGAACACAGCGCAACCCUCUAUCCCUUAUUAUUAUUAUAUUAUAAUUACUAUUUGAGCUUUUUCUGGGUGAAUUCACACUGCAAAUUUUGUUAUAUUGAAGAGAAUUAUCAACUAUCAUGGGUACUGUAAUCGACUCCCAUUUCUUGGCCCUCACGGCAAUCGUCACUUUUGGUUAUCAGUUGCUGUUCUUCAUCAUCACAGCACUUCUCAAAUUUGAUAAAGUUACUGACUUUGCUGGAAGUACAAAUUUUGUGAUACUUUCUCUGUUGACCUUGAUUCUUAAAGGAUCAUGGCAUAUGAGGCAGGUGGUUUUGAGUUUCCUUGUAGUAGUAUGGGGUCUUCGCCUUGGAUUGUUUCUACUGAUGCGAAUCUUGAAUUGGGGAGAAGAUCGACGUUUCGACGAAAUGCGUAGUAAUUUGGGAAAAUUGGCUGUUUUCUGGAUUUUUCAGGCUAUAUGGGUUUGGACAGUAAGUCUACCUGUGACAAUUGUCAACGCAAGUGACUCAGAUCCCGAUAUCGAAGCACGAGACAUAAUCGGGUGGAUUAUGUGGUCUAUCGGCGUCUCAAUUGAGGCCACUGCUGACCAACAAAAAUUAAUUUUCAAAAAUUCUCCAGAUAAUAGGGGAAAAUGGUGUAACGCUGGACUAUGGGGGUAUUCUCGUCAUCCAAACUACUUUGGUGAGAUUUUCCUUUGGUGGGGAAUUUUUGUGGCAUCGACUCCUGUACUGGACGGUGCUGAAUGGCUCGUUGUACUCGGGCCGUUAUUUUUAACAUUAUUGCUUCUUUUUGUUAGCGGGAUACCACUGCUCGAGGAGUCUGGAGAUAAAAAGUACGGAAACGUGGCGGGAUACCGACACUAUAAAAAGACUACAAGUCCUCUGAUUCCGCUGCCUCCAGUGGUUUACGGAAGCUUGCCGUCUUGGGUCAAAGUUGCUUUUCUAUUUGAGCUUCCGUUGUAUAAUCGAAAUCUUCCUAAAGAAGAAACGUUGGGGUGGUAUAGAGCUGGAAGUCCUGGAACAAAAAUGGGUUGAUUUGGUUGAUUGAUGACUGGUAUUUUGUGCAUUUUUUAUACAAUUCUUAUGUUAUAAUUACAUCUUAUUGUGUUGUAUUCUUUAUACUUGUGUAAUACUUUCUGAGGAUAACUUACAGUAAAUUUUGAACUUUUUUUUA